CCCGGAUUGGUCCGGAAAUGGUUAAUUAGGGUUGUUCUCGUGUUUUCAGUAAAUGCAGCUUCAGAUUACAGUUUUUAUUUUGUUAUGUAACCAUUGUUAACGUAUUUUUGAACUUCGCUCAACAAGACAAACUACUAUAUUUAAUCAAUAUUUAUCAGCUAAAAUUACUGAAAAAUAAAAUAGGCAAAAUGGCAACAACUGAGCAAUUUUCUUUACGUUGGAAUAAUUUUCAUUCAAACAUGACUACAGGAUUUCACGAACUUCUAGAAGCUGCUGAAAUGGUUGAUGUAACUUUAGCUGUUGAUGGACAUUUUUUACAGGCACAUAAAAUAGUUCUUUCUAUAUGCAGCCCUUAUUUCAAACAAAUGUUUAAAGUAAACCCUUGUAAGCAUCCUAUUGUGAUAUUAAAAGACGUCGGACAUGAAAAUAUGAAAGAUAUUCUAGAAUUUAUGUAUAUGGGAGAAGUUAGUGUCCUUAGGGACAAUUUGACUCAAUUUCUUAGGACUGCCGAGCUCCUUCAAGUUAAAGGAUUGACUGGCGAUGACUCUAGUGAAGAUGCCUCUUCUUCAAAUGAUGUUAAAGGAGAACAUGACAAUGAAGAUGAGAAUGAAAUAUAUAAUCAGCUAAUUGAGACUGAUUUGGAAAUGCCUCCAUAUUCACACCCUUCCCCCCCAACAGCAGUUCAUGGAAAAAGAACAAAAAAUACUACCAAUGGAAGUACAAAUAAUAAAAGAUCAAAAGUUGAGAAUCAUCCCUCUCAAACUAAACCUUUGAAAAGUGAAUAUGAUCCAGUACAAUCAAAAAUAGAAACAAACAAUACUAAUCAGCAGUCAGUAAAUGAUAAUAUACUCAAUUCAAUGAAGGCCAAUUCUGAAAUAGACGACACUAAGGAUCCAAUUAAUAUCAAGACUGUAUGGGAUACCAAUUUUAGUACUACAUCUACUGAACUUUUGAAUUCUUCAGAUCAAGCCGGUCACUUGCAACAAGAGUUUCGAGCAGCACAGUACCGUGGUCUGCCAUUGCCGAUUCUCUGGAUUGUGGAUUACUUUGUGAUUGAUGGCGAAGGACAAAGAUAUGGAAGAUUUUAUAGAACUGCCGGAUGGUAUACGCAUAUUUUAAUGUGGACUGCUUUUCCUUGUUGGUUAUUAGCCGUUAUUUUAUUUAAAUCGGUUAUAUCGUACGGCGCAUAUUGUCUUGGAAUAUGUGGCGGACUUCAGUUACUUGGAAAUCUCAUUUAUUUUGUAAUUCAAAAUCCCAUACCAUUGUCGAUACCUUUUGAAAAUCAGACUCUUACAACCAAAUUUGGUUUCAACUACUGGUGCACGUUUGUACUGGGAUUAAUAUGUGUCAUACUAUCUGCAGUUAUACUGUUUAUGGAUUACAAAUACGAUCAACAGCUAUACGAUUUCUUUGGAGUUAAUCCAUUGCACAGUUACGAUGAAGUAGUCUACUUGACUAAAGAAGAAAGAAUGCUGUUAAGGAGACAUAAAUCUGCCCCAGCUAACGAUAUUCCAUUGGUUGAAAUGGAAGAAGGGCCAUCAAAAGACGAAGACCAGGAUGAUGAAGAUAUUGAUUACGUACCCGUGUAUCUAAAAAGAAAAACGAUUGUGCUGGCUCCCAAAGUUAAUCGGUCCAUUAAGCCAAAAAGACAUCAAGUUCCUUUAGCCCCACCGGUUGCGGUGGACACUUGA